AUGCAGUUCUCAUCCCAGUCUUUCGUUACUUUGCUUUUCGGUCUCUUGUCUCUCGUUUCUCUGUCCUUCGCUCAGCAGUAUGCCGGCGAGAACAUCCCUAAUAGCUUGCCCGCGGUCGCGGGCUCGGAACUCGCCUUCUUCAAGAUCCGCGACACCAAGAACCAGACGGCUACUCUGCUCAACUACUACUCGCUGAAUAGCAACGGCGGCCAAAUCGACCCUGCCAAUGUCAAACGCGCCGUGGUCAUCAUACAUGGCCUCCUGCGCGAUCCCUACCUCUAUAUCGCGAACGUUAUGCAGGCGCUGGCGACGGUCCCUGAUUCUAGCGUCAAUAAGGACAAUGUCGCCAUGAUCGCGCCGUAUUUCACGAAUGGAGACGACAAGGGAGUUGCGUAUCCCUGGACGACGGGCUUGAGAGCUGGAAGAGGGUCUACAUCCAACGCGCUUGUGUGGCAAGGCUCUCAAUGGGCUUCUGGCGGAGAUAACCAGUAUCCCGCAUACCCGGUGAACAUCACCACCGUCUCGUCCUACGAUGCUCUGGACCAGAUCAUCCAGUAUUUCGACGAUGCGACACUGUUCCCCAACAUGAAGCAGAUUGUCAUUGCCGGCCAUUCUCUGGGAGGCCAAACCGUUCAACGCUACGCUGCCGUCGGCAACUUGCUCCGGACCAGGACUCCCGUAUCGUACUGGACGGGAAAUCCGGACAGCUACGCCUGGUUCUCAACGGACCGACCCCUGGAUAAAUCGGCUUGUGCCACGUACGACAACUGGCGAGACGGUUUCAGCAACUACAACAACAGAUACGGAGCCGACCUCGUCGCUCAGGGCCGAGCAGCCGCCCUUGCAAGGUACUCCUCUCGAAGAAUCACCUAUGGUCGCGGUACCAGAGAUUUUGGAGACGCGUCCAGCGGCUGUGGUCCCAGCACAACGGGCAAUAACCGUGGAGAGCGUUUCUACAACUUCAUCAAGCAGUUUCCCAUUUCUUGCACAAACCCAACGACACCGGGUGGCGCGUGUGCGACGGUUGACUACGUCAAUGUGACUCAUGAUGCUUACGGCAUGAUGUCUUCGCCGGCGGGACAGGCUCGUCUUUUCCUGGAUAAUUUCAACGGUGAUGGUUCAUUCGCUUACAACUUUGGCUAUCCUCGCCUGCAAUCUGGUGAUGACCAAUAUCCUAACCCAGCCAUUGCGCCAACAGCACGGAAAUGGACAGCUGAUGUGUACCCCGGCAACAUGGCGUACCAAGGCUGUUUCACCAAUAUCAACGCCACGACUCUGGCCUACACUGCUUAUCGAGGUAACGGCAGCAACACCAUUGCAGGAUGCACUAGCACCUGCUUGGGAUUGGGAUACAGUACUGCCGGCCUUUCGUGGGGGUAUGAUUGCUUCUGUGGCAACGCCGUAUCUUCAAAGGCCAUCCAGACUGCGGAUGGGGCCUGCACCAACACCUGCAGUGGCAAUCCCGACGACUAUUGCGGUGGAGACGACGUCCUAGCCAUCUACAAUAGCACCCUGACGCCCUCGACCAACACCACCUCGCCGGCAAAUCUUACCUGCAUCAACAAUGCCUCAAACGGCACAAUCUACCAAGCCUCCAACGGCGGCACGUACCAGAUCCUCUGCUCGCUAGACUCCUUUGGGGGUGACAUCUCGGGCGCCGCAUCCCCAGACCUGGCCACCUGCGUCGACACCUGCGAUAGGACCACCGACUGCAUCGACGUCAGCUACACCGGCGGCACAUGUUGGCUCAAGCGCCAGCUCUCCUCCUUCUACCGCAACACCGCCGUCGUCUCAGCGAAGAAGGUCUCCCUCUCAUGCGCCAACGGUGCCGGCGACGGCACAAUCGUCACGGCCUCCAACGGCGGCAACUACGAGAUCCUCUGCUCCAAAGAUUCGUUCGGCGGCGACAUCUCCGGCGCCCCGUCCCCAUCCCUCCUCGCCUGUCUCAACACCUGCGACCAGACCCCCCAAUGCAUCGAUGUCAGCUACACGGGCGGCAACUGCUGGCUCAAAUCCUCCCUCUCGACCUUCUACGCCAACAACGCCGUCAUCUCCGGCCGGAAGCUCACAUCCUCUCCGUCAACUCCGCCACCAUCAUCGAACUCGUCGCUAACGUGCGUCAACAACGCCUCAGACGGCACGACCUACAAGGCCGCCACCGGCGGCUCCUAUACGAUCCGCUGCCAGACGGACCAUUUCGGCGGCGACAUCGGCUCGCGCACGACCGGAAAUCUGGCCGGCUGUGUCGAUGCCUGUGACGCGACCAGCGGGUGUAUUGAUGUGUCGUACGUGGGUGGGACGGCGCCGAACUGCUGGCUCAAGGGCGCGCCGUUGGCGGCCGCGUAUACGAAUGCGAAUGUGGCGACGGCGGAGAAGGUGCUUGCUUAG